AUGAAUAACAAGAGAGUAGUCUACUUCUAUGACCCUGAAAUUGGAACCUUUAGUUAUGCAAUGGGACAUCCCAUGAAACCUCUGAGAGUAAAGAUGACCCAUACUCUCUUGGUCGGGUAUGAGCUUUACAAAUACAUGGAUGUUCUCAGACCAUUUCAGGCGUCAUACGAGAAUCUAACAAACUUUCAUGCAGUAGAUUAUAUAAACUUUUUGUCCAGUGUCUCUAGUGAAAACAUGGAGGAAAUGAUUAAGGACCUUCACAAGUUCAACAUUAGAGAUGAUUGCCCUGUGUUUCCAGGGCUUUAUGACUACUGCAAACUCACCAGUGGGGGGAGUAUUUAUGCAGCACAGAAGAUUAACUCUGGAAAAUAUGAUGUUGCAAUUAAUUGGGCUGGAGGGUUACAUCAUGCUAAGAGAAGUGAAGCCUCGGGGUUUUGCUAUGUGAAUGACAUAGUCCUAGGAAUUCUUGAGCUCCUGAAAUAUAACAAAAGGGUUCUAUACAUAGAUAUAGAUGUUCAUCACGGGGAUGGGGUUGAAGAGGCAUUCUAUACCACUGACAGGGUGAUGACUGUCUCCUUCCAUAAGUACGGAGAUUAUUUUCCGGGAACUGGAAUGGUCACAGACAUCGGGCUGGCGAAAGGUAAGGGAUAUUCAGUUAAUGUUCCAUUGAGAGAUGGGAUUGAUGAUGAAAGUUAUUUCAGUAUAUUCAAGCCCGUUGUCAGUAAAGUUAUAGAGGUAUAUAGGCCAGAUGCGAUUGUAUUACAAUCUGGGGCUGAUUCGCUCUCGGGGGAUAAGCUAGGGUGUUUUAAUCUAUCCCAUCUAGGACACUCCAGGUGUAUUAAAUUUGUGCAGAGCUUCAAUAUUCCCCUUAUUCUUCUUGGAGGAGGGGGAUACACAAUUGGAAAUGUUUCAAAGGCAUGGGCCUAUGGAACAAGUGUUGUUCUGGAUGUCGAGAUCCCUAGAGAGAUUCCUUACAACGAGUAUUUUGAUUACUAUGCACCAACAUACAAAAUAGAUGUUCCUACAUCAAAUAUGAAAAACCAGAACACAAAAGAAAGCUUGGAAGAUAUUGUGGCAAAAGUGCACGAGAACCUAAGGGGUGUUUCCCAUGCUCCUUCGGUACAAAUGUCAACUAUCCCGCCCUCUUUUAUUAGUGAUGAGAGUGAUGAUGAAGAAAUUUCAAAGAAGAAAAUAGGAGAAGACUCAGAUGACUACAAAGCAUUCUCUGGUUCAAGGGAAGAAUUGUAA